AUGUCAAACAGGAGGAUCAAAAGGCUUGUGGUCUGCGUGGACAGACAAACGAGAGUAAGGGUCAAGUACGACAACGAAAGUGUGAAGAGACAAGCGAAAAGAUGGAAUGGUUGGGUGUCGCACGGCGCAGGACUGGCAGCGUGUUUUGACUGUGUGCGAUGUGUGCUGAUCACCUGGCACGGCGCAGAAUUAGCACGGUGUGGUGGCGUUGGACGGCGAGCCAGUCGUCGCAGCAAAUAUCAGAAGCAGGAGUUGGCACCAUCUACGACCAUUACUUACUUACCUUCUUACAUGAGCCAGGCCGUUGCAUGCAGCUUGCAGCCUGCAGCAUGCAGCAAUCGCAAGGGGCCUGCACCAGGGGUCACGAUCGAUGCCUCCCUCGUCCUUGUCCUCGUCCUCGUCGUACAGCCAACCAGCGGGCGUAUCGUUGCACCCGCGCCUCUUGCACCACCCUGCGCCUGUCCUCGACCGACAACCUUGACAGACAAGACCUUUGCCUACCGUCUACUUACUUAG